CGGCGUUUACCCUCAGUUGACGUAGCCGCGUCGUCGACGUAACAAUAUGCUCCCUGUUCUCGCGAUCCCGGUGUUCUGCAUCACGACAUGGGCAUCCGCGCUGAACGAUCCGUCAUCAGAUUUACCCAGGUUCGGCAAACCGUUGAACAACCUUACAGUCUCGGUGGGUCGCGAAGCCGUUUUCACCUGCAUCGUCGAGGAUCUCGGACCAUACAAGGUAGCGUGGCUACGUGUCGAUACGCAGACGAUUCUGACGAUAGCGAGUCACGUUAUCACGAAGAAUCAUCGGAUCGCAGUGACGCAUAGUGGCCAUCGAACGUGGUCCCUUCACAUAAAAGACACGCGGAAGAGUGACAGCGGUUGGUACAUGUGCCAGGUUAAUACUGACCCGAUGUCCAGCAUCACUGGAUUUCUCGAAGUCGUUGUGCCGCCGGAUAUCCUGGACUAUCCCACCAGCACGGACAUGGUGGUGCGAGAGGGUAGCAACGUGACGCUACGGUGCGCGGCGACAGGAACACCGGAGCCGACGGUCACGUGGCGUCGCGAGGCGGGCGGCACGAUCAGCCUGUCGAACUGGCACGAGGUGGCGAGUAUCGAAGGCCCGGAGCUGGAAAUAACACGCGUCACGCGUCUCCAUAUGGGACCGUAUCUCUGCAUAGCGUCCAACGGGGUGCCGCCGACAGUCAGCAAGCGGAUCGUUCUCAUUGUUCACUUUCAGCCCAUGGUUUUCAUCGAGAAUCAGUUGGUGGGUGCUUACGAAGGGCAAACUCUCACGUUGGAGUGUCGUAGCGAAGCGUACCCCAGACCUAUUACUUAUUGGACGAGGCCAUCGAACGAGACCAUUGCUAACGACGAGAAUUACAAGUUCGAAUCAAUCCCUAAAGGAUACGAAAUCACGAUGAAGCUCAUCAUAAGGUCCGUACGAACGCAAGAUUUUGGAUCCUUUCGCUGCGUGGCAACCAACUCCCUCGGGGAGACCGAUGGGAAGAUAAAACUUUACAGGAUUGAUAGGCCGGCAACGACGCGGAGACCGGGCUCGAGACGGGAAUCGAAGAAGACGUGGAAGAUCGAUCACAGCCACGAGAAGAAGGCCGCCGGUAUGAAGGACGAGCCGAUGCUGAAGGGUGACGAUAAUGGCGACGAGCAGAUCGAUUUUCAAUCGGCCACGGCCUCGUCGGUAUUUCACCGGAAUUUGUUUACGAAUCUCGGGAUAACCGCCAUAACCGCGAUACUGGCCGGCAGUUUGUCCACGUAGACACGGUCGGGGUCGCGAUGCGUUCGCCGAUUACGCGCAAAGGUGAUUAACGUAUGGAAAGCGUUUCCACAUAGGGGAGCGGACCUCGCGUACGACGAAACGUCACAACGAAGGAAUGCCGAUAAGAAUAACGCCGCGGGAGAUCUCGCGGGCGAAAGGUCUCCGCAAAAAGUCUCUUCCUGUGUACAUGAAAUUUACAUGAAGUGGCCGUAAAGCGACGAGAGCUGUUUUUAUAUGGAAACCCGGGGAGUUCGGAGUACCCGAUCGAGCCAAAGUGACCAGGAUGCCUCGUGUGAAGCGCAAUUAACACAUUGCAAGCCGAACGUGUACUAAUAGACUUUCCUCUCUAUCCAAAGACGUAGGAAGCCACCAAUCUAUUAAGCCCUUUACACCGAAGGUGCCGGCGUAGCCGGCUUUUACCGUUUCCAUUCCAAGCGGUAACUUUGUUGACCCCGCCAUCACUUAAAGCUGAAGAAGAAAGUCGAGGAUCCGGUAAAAAGGAGAUAUAUAUUAUUUGCGAUCGCACUUCUCCUUUUAAGCUGUUGAAAUAAAUUAUCGAUGGUGGAGCAGAAAGAACAUUUCUUAAUCUAUUUAAAUUGUAUGCAAAUAGAUUUUCGAUUUCUUUUUUUAAAUUUAAUGGAAUAUAAAAUAACCCUCUUUGAUCUUGUAAAAAAAUUUAUAAUUUAAAUUCUUUUUUUAUUCCCUUUCUCUUUUUUGUAUAUCAGUAUGUCGGUCUGGAUGAAGACAUAAAAAUACAUGAUUAUUUUUGUAUUUCAGAGUAUUGGAACAAAAAACGUAUAUUGCUUGCAAUAUGUCAAUGGCAUUCAAAUGCAUAAGGACGCGAGGAAUGAGAGUGAUAAUAUUGUGCGUGUGUGCAACUGAAUUCGUAAAUAUUUUUUUUUGUAGGAAAUCGUGUUUUCAGAAAAAUCUGCAGUCUCUGUAGCAAUAUGUUCAGAGGUUAUUAUGAACACUAACUGAUGCGAAUACGAAAAAUAUUCCAAUAUUUUUUUAUUUCGAAAUGUUUGUCAUUUAAUUGUCGUCAACCAUCCCUUCCUAGUAUAGCGAGUGUAAAUGUUAGAGAAUGCUGGACUCUGUUAUCUUACAUAUUGCGUAGCGAUUAAGAAUAACAGACCCUUUUGUAUAUACGCAGCGAGGAUAAGAAACCCUUAAAAGGAUAUAUUGAAAUUUAUUCGUUAAGAGAAAAUAAAAGAAAGUGUAACGAAUAAAUGAAUAAUUGGGACGGUAGACGCUUGCGAAUUUAACGAUAAUCCGUCGUUAUGUUAAAUUAUCGUUGCUUCGUGAAUCGACACAUAUUACAUGUUUACAGUAAAUUUCAUUGAUCUUACACAUGUGCUUGCAUAUCCUUUUUCGGACAUAAAUUGCGUUGUUGAAGCAGAGGAAUGUGGCUCACCGAGAAUAUUUCUAUCAGGAGGAGAUUUAUUUCGCUUAAAUAUGUCACAAUAACUUUCAAAAUGAGUUGCAACAUGGAUUUACGAUGUUACAUUAUAAGAGAUAUUAUUCCGAUGAUCUAUACCGGUGAUUAUGAAGGACACUGCCCCAUUUUACAUUUUCUUCAGACUGAUAGAUGUGAAUAGUCUUCAUUAUAUUCGGAUAGUAUGAGCGCGCAAUAUAAUUGCGCUUCAUAAAACGUGCUAAUUGAAUAGCGUUGUAAAAAACUUUGAUGAAUAUGCCUCAUAGACGAUGUAUUCAUUUUCAUAAUGUCAGCAAAACAAUAAUGUUUUGCGAGGUUCUUUUCGUAACCUCUAUAACAAUAACUUCAUUAGAUAAUUUAGUUACGCGAGAUUUUUUCAUAAUAAGAAAUAAAUUUGCCAUUACGUCAUUACAAGUUUCAAGUGAUUAAGAAAAAUAUAAAGAAUAAUUUUAUCUAUAGUUACAUCUUUUUGACAGUCAUAACUAUUAUGGGUUAUAAAAGAAUGUUCAGUUUGAGAGAACAAAAAGUGGCCAAAAUAUUUAUGGAUAUUUUGCACGGAAGUUAUUAAAUAAAAAAAAAAGAAAUAAAGAUCACGUUAUGAUCGAGAUGCAAGAAAUGAUUCUACUUAUCACGGUUACAGUUUUAUUUCUCCGAUUCGCGGACAUGUUUUCAAUUCUUGCGAUAAAUUCUGCACAUAUGCGCCCACACACAAUUGCAAACUUAAGAUAACUAUCGCGUUUACGUUACAGGAUGACAAUAAUUUUCCGGAAGCUUCCGUCAUUAACGGAAUAUUCAAUAAAAUAUUUUUAAUUCGAAUACCUCGAGAGACCAUGCGAGCGGUGUAGUGAAUAGAUUUAUUACGUGUAUUGUAAAUACAAAAGGGAGUGUGACAUGCAUCCGUAGGGAGCAUUAAUAAUGGGUUCGCGAAUUUUUUCAUUCGUGCGUUGUAAUUUAGCGAUUAAUAAAGUGCGGAGGUUCGUGAAACUUUACUCUGAGAGAUGUUAACACGCAUUGGAGCGUAGCUCAGCUGUUGACGACUCGCAUAUAAUUGUUUUCAUGUGAAUUUUCGCGUGUAGUAUACUUAUGUAUAGAAUUUCUUUUCUAACUUACUAUCAACGUCGUCAAGACAGUUGAUUUGCCUUCACGCACAUCGGACCACCUUAAGCUCACUGUGAGGCUUUACGGAUUUCCGCAGCUUACUGAUUAGUGCUCUAAUUGAUAAAUAAUGGUCAUGUAGUACGUACAUCAACGAACAGUGGGAAUACCGUAACGUAGUGUUUCCUGAAUUGUAAUCCGUAAACCAUUAAAAGAUUCGUGAAUUUCUUACAAACGAAUCAUCAUAUUAAUCGCGCAAGUGUUAACAAAACUCAUACAUGUCAUUUCAUAUUCUAAGCGUUUCAUACGAAAGAUAUUUCAGAAUUACAGAUAAAGACUUGACUAACUAAAAUAGAAUUCGAAAAAACGGAAGGAUUUCGUUAAAUAUAAGUCCGCAAAUGACAUCAUUUUCGAAAUGUCCAGCUCAUUAUUCUAUGAAACGUCAAUAGUUUACAUGGGAAACCGAAAUAAUAUUAAUCUUUCUGAGACUUUAAUUUUUAAACCCCGUUAUUAAUUACAAUUAUUGUCGCAUACGGAAUUUCACGUACAAAUAUCGAAGAACGUUUUCGUCGAAAGGCGAUGCGUCGUGUCGGAAGCUGUCAAGCUUUAAUCGAUCGCAACAUUUGGCGACAAUUAUUUUUUGAUAAUAUAAAGAUCGCGUGACGAAAAUAUUGCCUUUUAAUUCAUGUCUCUACCUUGAAUCGUUCGUGAGUUGUGGGUCUUUAAAGUUUCGACGAGCUUGCUGUCAGCGGAGUCGUCGAUCAUGUACUCGAAAACGUGGCAAUGGAGAGAAGGUCUCGUUUACGUGAAGAUUGUGUAGACAAACUUCCCAGAAGUCCGCCUGGGAAUGUGGCGGCGGUAUACGGUUCUGCCAUUCACGCGUAAAGGAGAAUUUACAUUAUGGCAGAAAAGUAUAAAGCGGAAAGGCAGAAGCCAAUCAGAACUCGCGCUGGUGGUCAGGUGGUAGUCGACAGUUUCUGCUUUUCUAACAGCGCGAGUUCUGAUUGGCUUCUGCCUUUCUGUUUUCUGCUUCUAUGCCAAGGUAUGAAUUCUCCCUAACAGUAAAUAACAAGUACCGCCCGACUCCACCGUAAAAAAGGCGAGUCGCUCGAGAACGCGGUGAUAGUUUUGGUCAUCAAUAAUUCCCCCUUGUAGACAUCGUAGCGACAUUGAACAAAGAUCUUCGACAAGCCAAAACUCGCGGGCGUUUCUAAUGGAUAUAAUAUCGUUGCUCUUUGAAACAAGAAUUGAUUAGUGCAUUAAUUAGAUUAUCGCGAUGGAAAAGAGAUUUAUUAUCUUUUUUAUCAAAUUCCAGAAAAUUAAUUUAUGAUGAAGAUAAAGUCUUGAAUCGUGUCGAUAAUAUCAUAAAGCGUUUUUAAUAAAUAUAAAGGAAGCACGUGGCUUAUAAAAAAGAUGAAUGUCUGGAAAAUGAUGUAGCUUGUGGAUUUAAUCAUUAAGAUUUCUUGUUUGUUUUUGUACCUUUUAGUUAAGUUUUUACCUAUAUUUCCGAAAUAUUCUGUAUAUAUAAGUUUUUAUGUAAAUCACGAUUGAUUUGUCGAAUGAACAAUUAUGAUAAAUUGAAAGUAAAUAUAAUUGACGUCACAUUCCAAAUUUUUAAGUUCAAAUGUAUGUAUACCGAUACUUUAGACGGGAUAUUAUGCUUGUUUUGAGAUAUAAACGCGUUAAUUAAGUGUAGAUGAUAGAAUAUCUGUAGAGAGUGCUAUGUAUUAUAAAUAUUAACGUUGCUUAUAAAACCUGGAACAUGCAAUAGUUUCGAUCGUCAACGUAUUAACGACUUGAAUUAGACAUGCUUUAGUUUCGUUUUUUUUUUCCUAAUGGAUUCUUUACGAAUCAGUCAUGUUCCGUCGGACGGCAACAGGAAAGUCGCAAGUCUAGUCUGAAUUUUUUGAAUCUAUUAAUUUCGUAAUGUCGCUUGCGUACGUUUGUGAUGACCCCAAAUACGCUGUGUAUAUGUAUAUAUAUAUAUAUAUAUAUAUAUAUAUAUAUAUAUAUAUAUAUAUAUAUAUAUAUGUAGACGUGUGAUAACUGGCAAAUUACUGUACGGCGUCGCAUUCGUUCAAAUGCAUAGAGCAAUUGAUAUUGUAUAAUAAUAGUGUGUGUAUGAUAUAUUGUAGAAUAAGCCUCAGGGACGUGUAUAUACGUUAAGCUGUAAGUCAUAUUAGUUUUUGCAUUCGUGGUCACGAUAACUCUUCCCUCCCUUGUAAAUAUAAUGUACUUUAUCGUGUA